AUGGCUAGCACUAGUAAACAGUAUAAAGCUAUCGGUGAGGAUAUAUGGAAAGGACGAACGGAGAAAAUUAAUUCAGAGCUAUUCGCGUUAACGUAUGGCGCGCUCGUCAUCCAGCUCAUUCAGGACUAUGAGGACUUUGCAGAGGUCAACAAACAGCUGGAGAAGAUGGGUUAUAAUAUUGGCACCCGAUUGAUCGAAGAUUUUUUGGCCCGCAGUGCCAUUGGAAGAUGUGCUGACUUCAAAGAGGUUGGGGAGGUCGUGGCCAAGGUUGGCUUCAAGUCGUUUCUGAACAUCACCCCUAUUGUAACUCAUGCUGCACCUCCACCGGCUGCCUCAUCACGAACUAGCACUCCUGCGCCGCAGUCCAAUGCGGUUGGGUCGUCAUUCACUCUUACUUUGGAUGAAAAUCCACUGGUGGAGUUUGUUGAGUUACCCGAAGAUGCCCUCGAAGGAGGCUUGUGGUUCAGCAACGUCUUAUGCGGUGUGCUGAGAGGGGCACUGGAAAUGAUGCAGGUGCAGGCGACAUUCAUAUCAGACGUCCUGCGCGGAGAUGAAACUACGGAGAUCCGGGUGACACUGUUGAAGUACCUUGAAGAAGAAGUUCCUGUAGCCGAUGACUAG